UAUUUCAAAUUACUGAAGCACAAGCAUUUCAAGUUCCUGAAGCACAACCAGAUCAACUUCCUGAAGCACAACCAGUUCAACUUCCUGAAGCACAAGCGACCCAAGUUUCCAUAGCAAAGGCAAUUAAAGUUUGUACGGCACUAGCAACUGAAAUUCCUAUGGCACAUGCAAUUGAAGUUCCUACGUCACAUGCAAUUGAAGUUUCUACGGCACAAGCAACCAUAGCUUUUACAACACAAGUAAUUGAAGUUUCUACGGCACAAGCAAUCGAAGCUUUUACAGCACAAGCAAUCGAAGCUUUUACAGCACAAGCAAUCGAAGCUUUUACAGCACAAGCAAUUGAA